AUGGUUGAUGAAAAGUAUUUAAUUAAGAAUUCCAAAAGUCAAAAUAUCAAUAUACCAAGAAAUCAACAUAAAUUUGGUAAUGAUUAUUCAUAUAUUAUUAUAGAAAUAUUAGGAUUCAUUCUCUUGUUUGGAAAAGGGGUAGUCUGCUCUAUAAAAAAUGCUUAUAUAUGGAAUAUAUAUAAACUUAUGAAUGGUGACUAAAAAUGUGGAAAUAACCUUAAAAGCUUUUAUAGUCUAAAACAUUGA